UAAAUUAAAUUGAAGAGAAUAAAUACCCACCGCAAAUAUAUCAUUUUAAAUAAAUUGAAUUAAAAUUUCAAUCAAGUGUUUUUUUGUUUUCUUUUAUGUAUCCUGACGACAUGUAUAGAAAUAACGUGGAGAAUAAUAAUGAAAACUUUGGAACAUUUUAUGGGAUGAAUUGUCGUCAAGAACAGUACUUGGAAGACACAAGUACAAUUAAAGAAGAAGAUGAAAUUUCCAGAUCUCUUAAAAUGUUUGCCAUGUUAACAGCUUACAAAACUGAGCCGACGCAAUCAAACUAUCAGGUUGAUGCAGUCAUGCAAGAGUUUGCUUGUAACGGUUUUAGUUGUGAUGAGCUAAGAUAUCAACGUUGUAAUAACAAUGAAACAACCAAUUACCCUGAUGGAGUACGAAAUAAUCUAUGGAAACCGAAAACUACAAAUAUCGCAGAAUACAAUAGAAAACAACCAAAAAAAAGAUACAAUAAUAAUAUUAAAAGUGGAAGAUAUUCUCCAGUAAGACAUUGUGUUUUCUGUGAAAACAACAAUCAACCACAUGCUGUUGUCAAGAGCCAUAAUGUCCGUGACAUACACGACAAGGUAUUGUGUCCAAAACUUCGAACUUACAUCUGUCCGAUCUGCAAAGCGACUGGUGAUAACGCACAUACGGUUAAAUACUGUCCACAAAAGCCAAUUAUCACAAUGGAAGACGCCAUCAAAGCAGAAUCAUUUCGCCUUUCUAAGAGUAGCUAUUUCAAGCACCACAUGAAGGCUUAAUAAAAACGAGACAAAAUACAUAUUAAAGCGCUGGAAGCGCAUUCGUAUUUAAAGUAUUCAAUAGAGUACGCUCAUAAAAGCGUAUCAUUUCAAAGUGAAUUUUAAUUGACUUUACUUUUUUUUUGUUUUUGUAUAACUUUUAUUUUGUUAUUUUUACAAUUAAACGAAAAAGAAGCGUUGAACGCUUUUCGUUAAAUUUUUUUAUGUUAUUUCUUAAAUAUUUUUUUUUCGAUUUUUUGAAUUAAUUUCUUUUUUAAUUUAAUUUUAUUAUCAAUUUCGAAAAGUAAUUAAGCUCUACUACAUAAAAUAUAGUGUUUUUCCAAUUUUUACAAUCAUGACUAUCUAAAAUAGAUUUGAAUAAUAUUUAUGUAACCAAAUCUUAAUUACAAACAAUAUCGUUUUAUAAAAUCAAUCGUGUAAAAUCAGUUUCCUUUCGGAACUUCCAAUGUAAUUUUAACAUUAUUAUAAAAUUAAUUCGGAAUAAUUAUAGUUUAAGAUAAAUAAUAUUUUUUAUUAAUACAACCGAUAAUGUGUACUGUUGAAUCAUCAAGUUAAUAAAUGUGUUUUUACACAACACGGCUUAUAUAGCUAAAAUAAAA